AUGGUCAAGCUGUCGAACUCGAUCGCGGCGCACGCCCAGUGGACGGGGUUCACGCGCGUGUGGGCAGACCCUGAGCGCCGGCGCCUCAUCCUUCGACUGCUUUUCGGUGGUGCGACUGGAGCGCUGACGCUGGCGCUUCUCCACGAGACGUUCAAGGGCAUGUGCCGCACUCCGUGGGAAGCUGUUCGUUUAGUCGCGCGUUUGGCUGCCGUCGUCGCCUCAACGAUCGUCGAGUUCGUGGCGCGCGGGUGCAAGCCGAGAUUCAAGAACUGGACGCUGCGCUUCGACAUCCUCCGAGUCGUCAUCCGGGAGUGCGCGCGAGGUGCUCGCGGUGAGCGGAUGGUGAUCGACGCCAAGCACGCGCGCGUGAUCCGGUCGCAGAGCGCUGCCUUCGGCACUGUCCUGGGGUGGUUCGCUUGUCGACAGCACAGACGACGGCUGGAACCAGUGCACGCCAACGGGCUGGAGCACGUGUGGCUUCGGUCUGCAGCUCCGCGGACGCCCACGGCCAAGCGCUUCGUGGUGCUCUACGUCCACGGCGGCGGCUUCGCUGUCAUGAGUCCCAGACUCUACAUCGCCUUUGCAUCCACGCUCGCGGUAGCCAUCGAGAAGGAGCUGCGUCGACAACUCGGCACAGACGAGUCCGUUCAGGUCGACAUCUUCUUGGGCAAUUACCGGAAGGCACCCGAGCACUGCUUCCCCACGCCCCCGGAAGACACCGUCGCUGCGUACAAGCACUUGCUCCACACAGAGGGCAUUCCUCCGGAGCAGAUUAUCCUCGCGGGUGAUAGUGCUGGGGGUGGGCUGGUGAUGUCCACGCUGCUAAGAAUGAGAGACGCGAGCCAAGCGCACUUACCCUUGGCUGCCAUCUUGAUCUGCCCCGCGGUGGAUCUGUCUGAGAUCGAGACCCACAGCAAUUCGGAGCACUGCCUCCUGUCUCCAGAGAUGAUCGCCGCCGGUCGACUGGGCUACCACACGACGGCGUCCAACCCGACAACUUGGGCGGACGCUUCGUCCGUGCACUGUGACCUGCGUGGACUUCCUCCCGUGUUCGUCCAAGCCGCUACUCUCGACUACAUCUACCAGCACUCGGUGCGUCUCGCCCAGAAGGCUGAAGCCGAUGGCGUGACCAACUGGGAGCUGGACGUGCACCAAGACCUUCCGCACGUGUUCACCAUCUUCCCGUCCUACGUGCUGCCCUACGCACAGGUCGGUGUGCAGCGGGUCGCAGCCUUCGCAGCGAACACCUUUGCAAAGUCUUGCAACGACGACACUGUCAAUGCCAGCGCUGCGUAG